CUCUGAGCCUCUAGCACAACAGAAGGAUGUUGUCCAUUCACCGAAGAUCGCAGAUUGGAGAGGAGAAAAUUUGGCAAGUGGGCAUAUGACAGCAGAACCAAACUUACAUGUGACAUCUGGAGAAGAACAGAACCAGAAUGACAGCAGCAAUAGCAGUCAGCCAUUGCUUAAACGGAAGAAGAAGACAGGGUACAGCUCCAAGAUGGACACAGUGGAAAAACCAUCUCGCGGUAACACUGCUGCCCAUGCUUCUGCUGUGGGUGGUGGUGGUGCUGUUGUAGCUGCUGCUGCCAUUUCUGAUAAUGGUAUUAAAAGUGGAUUCACCCUACAAAAGCAUUGUGGGAAGUCUGGUAACUUCCACCAACUUCCUGUUACAACAAUAAAGCAUGUUGGGCUGAAUAAGAAAACAUGUGAUGAAAAGAACAAGGCUGUAGAACACAUGGAUGCCAUGGAUGAUCACCAGUUAUCCGAAUCAGUCUCUGAGAAUGAUGAUUUACCUGAUUAUGACAAUAUAUUGAUGAUAGUUGACCAACUUCAAAUGAACUAUAAAGAUUCUGGAAGACGGUUGGAAAUCCAGGAUGCAGUUCAUUCAUAUAAAAUGAUAAUAGGACGUAACCAAAGUCACUCAGAGUUACUUACAGAAAAAAGUAAUAAAAUAAAAAACCAAGCUAGUGAAGUGCUAAAGAAGCCACAAGAAACAGAAAAGAGGAAAUCACGGCUCAGGUGUAGAAAUGAAGAACAGCAACCAGAACCGAUUGAUGUGGGAUUGGCUGGAAAACAAGAAGCACAACAAAGAAAUGCUCAUUAUCUCUAUGAAAAAAUUAGGAAGCAAUUAACUGAAAAAGAAGAGCAAUAUAAAAAAGAAAAACAACAACUUGAAACGCGCCUUGGAGCACAAGAUAUGGAACUGAGGCAUCUCAGAAAUGAUAUGAUUAAGCUGCAAGAAGCAUGGAAUCAAAAGGCCGAGGCUGAAGACAGUGAUGGGAUGACAAAGGGACAUCUACAAAGGGUAGAACAAGAAAUUUUCAAGUUAAAAGAAACCAUCAAAAAGCAAGCAGAGACAUUAGAACAACUUGAGAGAAAACUAUUAAGUAAAGAUAAAGGUUUGGUAAGAACUGAGAGUCUGAUACAAGCAGGUCAAGAAUUUUUUACUAAUUUCAGAGAAAUUUAUACUACUUCAGUAAUGAAUCAGCUGGAACUCAGAAUCCAAAGUCUGGAAAGCAAGAUCUCUGAAAUGAAGACUCAAACACGUGAUGAUGUAAUAGUGCUGGAAAACUAUAACAAACUUCAUCAAUCACAUAAACUGAGACAGACUGAAGCCCAGCUGAAGGAGGUCACUGCCCAGUUCCUCAUACUGAUUCAGCACAAUAUGUCAUUACUAAACAUGCUAAGCUCCAUACUUGCCUCGGAGUGUUGCUGUGUCGCAAGUUUUCAGAGCAGUUUGGGAAGUCUCUUUACCCAAGAGAACAUGGUGACUCCCACAUCAGGCCCACAAUCUUCAAAGCACCACAUAACAGCCAACCUGGGUGUGUCUGCAGAUGACAAUGAAGAUUUCAAUAAAGAACUCAUCAAGUUAGUUCUGUGUCCACAGCCUGAGCUGGAUCACACAGAGAAGAAACGCAUGGAACUAGCUAAAGAGAAAACUCUAAGCAAAAAAUGUUUCAAAUGGACAAAAACCUCAGCUGAGCGUGAAAAUGGAGAGCAGAGUUUCUCUGAUGUUUCGAACACCAGGCAAUUUAAAAAGGAUAGUCCAGUUGAUUUACCAAGACAUGAGAUAAGAGAAGAAAAUCAACAAACUUUUGAUGACAUAAUAGGAAACCAUAAAGCUUUGUGCAUAAGGCCACAGAAAUCCACACUUACAAACCUGCAAUUGAAACAUCCAGAAGAAUUAACUCAUCACACCUCAUAUAAAGCUGAACCAAAACAAUAUGAGGAUCCCUAUCUAGAAAUGGUAAAAAUGACAAAGUCGUUAUCUCGUGAACAACUAAAGUCUAAGGACAGGCGAGAUGAGGCCAUGAGGAAUAACUUUGAGAAAAUGAAGCUUUACGGUUCUGCACUGAACAUGUACACAACGAGCCCUGCUCCGGGGUUUGCGGCUGGCCAUCCCCGCAACAGUCGGAAACGCAACGGAAGUUUCAUUCAAGGAGAACCCUUAGUCCCAGGCUCCAAGCCACUGCACUUUGUGGAGAGUCUGGGCAGCUAUCUGGGCAGGGUCAGCUGCGCUAUACUUUUCGAUUAUGGUUUCAGACGUCUGUUAUAAUUCUUAUUUUUAAUUUGGUGAUAAAUUAAUCUCACAAUUUUGUGUUAAUAUGGAAGAAAACCAAUUUUACAUUUUUAAAUCCUCGGGUCUUUCCCUUUUAGCAAUAACCUUUUCUUAAUUUUGGUCAAUAGGUGUAAAUACUAAGACAUACUGAACUUUCUUUAAAAGCUAUAUCGAAAUUAAUUUUGGAAACUAGAAUUUUUUUUCUGUGUUUACAGGCAGACUUUGAAAAGGAUUGGCUGAACUCCCAAAUAACCUUGGUUAAGCUCUGGUUCAUACUAGCCUUAAGAUUCCUCCAUUCCUCCGGCAUCCUCCGUUGUCCGCAUCUUGACACAUCUAAACAUCACUCUUGGGUGGAUGCUUCAAAUGUGAAGGAAUUUAAGAGGAAUAUAUUUUUAUGAAGGGUCUAUACCUAAAAAAUCAAAGGAGAUUAAGAAUAUACCCUAAAUUUAUGUUUCAAUUGUCUCAUGUUGAUUUCAAUUUUGAUUCAUUGUGACUAUUGCUGCACACUCUUUAUUAUCUUUAAGGUUAUUUCCUUAAGACUGAUAAGAUGUUUCAAAGUGAAGUUCAUUAAGCUUUUGGACCUUGCUCUCACAUGAGGGGUUGGGAGCUAAGAUUGCAGCUAUACAAUGCCUUUCAAUUGCGACUUCCUUAAAGAUAAGAAUUCUAUUUCUCCUCUCAGCAAUCUCAUGUGCGACUCCAUGCUAUCUCCAUAUCCUUUGGAGUUGUAAGAAGAAAAUUUUUCAUCUAAACACAUGGAAAGCUUUUUUAAGAUUACAACUUAUUUUUUCCCAAUUAUUUACUGCUGCAAACAUUGGAAUUGUUAUUUUAAGGAUUUAUUAUUACCUAACAUUUAUUAGAAUUUCUUUAAUUAAAGUUUCAGUAAUCGUCCUUAUCCAUGUAUCAAAGAUGACUGCAACCAUCACAUAGCAUGUCACUUGCACCGUAUGUAAGAAAAUAUAAUGCUUGACCCGUUUCCAGAUGAAUCUCUACUACUAGAACAAUUUUUUAGUCUAGGGUGAUUGGUAAAAGCAAAAUAUUCAUUUGUAGAAAAUAUAAAAAGUAGUUUUUUACUAUGAAUAUGCUGUUAUUAAAACACCCAUUCAGCCAAUAAAAUGAUCCCUAUUUUUCAGGAUCUUCUCAAUAUCAGAAAGUAUCAUAGACUCAUAUUAACUAGGGCCUCAACUCUCUCACCCAGCAGGUAUCUUUAAAAAUGAUAGAAGAGAAAAAAGUUCAAAAUUUCCUAAUAAAGUUGGCAACCAAAUCUAUUAGAAGGGAAAAAAAUAAACAAGUCCCAAACAGAUGGAAAUUUUUUUUCAUUGUUUUGGUACCAGCACCAGGAAAUGAAACUUGAUGACUGUGUAGGAUGACAGUGCCAAUUCAGUGUGCAGGACUUGUGGUUCACGUCCUGACCGACUCUUAUUGUAAUAGAAAAGAGUUUCAGGAUUAGUCAGAAAGCCAGGCCAAAAUGAGCGACUGCAUUUGCUAAUUGAGCAGAAAGGCUACACACUCAAGAGAGAAGAUCAAAAGUUAGAAGAGGAACGCGCCCGAAUGUCUCGGCGGUAACCGUGACUGGGACGUCGAGGCUACUGAAUCAGCCCCUAGGUUUCGAUAUUAGGGAAAGCAUGCACUGCCAGACUGCCUUUUCUUUCUGUUUAGUGUGUGGUUUAAAUCACUCCCUCAUUCUUCAUAACUAAGUGAGUAAGUGUGAUCAGUCUAGUGGGAAGGUAUCAAAAUUACUGGUAAAGCGCUGAUUGUUUCACCUGGAGAAAGUCACGAAGCAACAAAAUUCAAGUUUCACUUGUGAUUCUAGCUUGUAUUUCUCCUCCUACUCAAAGUAAAUUUGUUGUCGAAAUUUUUGGUCAUAAUCCAGAUAGCAUAAUAUUUUAAAUAUUUUUCCUGCAGUAUAGUUUCAUAUGCCAUUAUGAGAAUAAUAGUUUCUUCUUUUGCGUAUUUAAUGUUUUGAAAAUUGAUCACAGAGCAUGUUAAAUUAUUAAUUUUCUGAAGGCAGAAAACUGAAUGUUUUUCUAAAGUAAAAUCUAUUUAAGUAAAAAAAAAGCAGAUUGUAUUUUCUUUAAGGGAAUUCUUUUGCUAAGAAUCAUAAAGUAAUGCAUUUGGAAUAAAGUAAGAGUUAAGUGGAUUAAUCUCUGUACUGAAAUGAUGAAGCCACAUCCCCGAAAUAGUGUGUAAAAAUAGGCAAAUGUUAAUUGUGGUUUUUACUCAACGUGACCUCAGCAACAUUCCACAUAUAAUUUACUCCUCUAAGCAUAAUUACAUUUAUCUGAUCCAACUUAAGUGAUGACUUUCAAACUAUUCCCCAAGAACAGGAGGUCCCUACAAGGAUUAUUCAAAGGUCACAUUUUUCUUUUCUAAUUUUAUAUAUUUUUAAUUAGCAUGCAAAGUAUUAGGUCUCAUUAUGGCAUUUUCAAGCAUAACUUAUUUCUGGUGACAACUCCCCCACCCUACCACCCGCCUUUUCUUUCUUUCUUUCUUUCUUUUUUUUUUUUUUUUGAGUACCAUUCCUAUAAUAAUAUUUCUUGUUUAACAGAAAUCUUAUAAAUAUUAUUUGAAUUUUUGCAGACAUGGAAGCAAUUAUACAAUGAUUACUACUAGAGAAGACAAAGAAGAUGUAUUACCAAAACGUACAAAUGAAGUUUAAUCAGUUCUGAAACAAAUCAUCAUAAAUAAUAAAUGGCUUCAGUUUCCUUUGUUCAGCUGAUAAA